AUGCGUCGCGUCGUCGUGACGGGCCUCGGGGCCAUCACGCCGCUUGGCGUGGGAAUUCGCCGCACCUGGUCCCGACUUCUCGCCGGAGACUCGGGCAUUACGAGCGUCGCCACUCGUGAGCCGCAGGCUCGAUGGCGAGAGCUGACGAGCACCGUCGCCGGCGUCGUUCCCUGCGGCGAGAAGCAGGGCCAGUGGAGGGCUUCCGAUUGGCUCACCGCCGCCGACGAGCGGCGGAUGUCGACCUUUACCCAGUACGCCGUCGCCGCCUCCGAGAUGGCACUGGAGGACGCAGGCUGGCGUGCCGUCGGCCAGGAGGACCGAGAGGCGACGGGAGUCUGUCUGGGAAGCGGCAUCGGCAACCUGGAUGAAAUCUACGAGACCAGCCUGGCUCACGACGGCGGCGGCUAUCGGAAGGUGUCGCCGCUCUUCGUCCCCAAAAUCCUCAUCAACAUGGCCGCCGGGCACGUCGCCAUGAGGCACGGCUUCCAGGGGCCGAACCACGCGGCCACGACGGCCUGCACGACGGGGGCACACUCCAUCGGUGACGCAUCCCGCUUCGUCGCCAUGGGAGACGCGGACGUCAUGGUCGCCGGCGGGUCCGAGUCCUGCAUCCACCCCCUCACCUUUGCCGGCUUCGGACGGGCCAGGUCGUUGUCGACGGCGUACAACGACGACCCGCGCGGCAGCUGCCGCCCCUUUGAUGCCGGCCGCUGCGGGUUCGUCGUGUCCGAGGGAGCCGCCGUUUGCGUCGUCGAGGAGCUGGAGCAUGCCAAAGCGCGGGGGGCGAGAAUCUACGCCGAGGUCCGCGGCUACGGCUGCAGCGGCGAUGCGUAUCACAUGACGGCGCCGAGGGAGGAUGGUAACGGCGCCUACCUGGCGAUGAGGCGUGCGCUGAGCAAGGCCAACAUCAAGCCGUCCGAAGUGGACUACAUCAACGCCCACGCGACGGGAACGCUGGUGGGAGACGUCGCCGAGGCAGCAGCGAUCCGGCGCUUGAUGCUCGGCGAAGAAGGCGUGUCGUCGGAGUCGCAGGUCACGGUGAGCAGCACCAAGGGCGCCCUUGGUCAUCUCCUCGGUGCUGCUGGCGCCAUCGAGGCUCUCUUUUCCGUUUUGGCCAUACACGAGGGAAUUGUGCCGGCCACCCUGAACCUGACGACGCCCGACGUUGGUUUCGGCUUCAACCUUGUGCCGUUGGAAGCGCAGCCGAAACGGGUCAAGGUUGCCGUCAGCAACAGCUUCGGCUUUGGCGGCACAAACAGCAGCCUCGUCUUUUCGCAGCUAUCUUGA